AUGGGGCGUACACCACGCGUGCCCUCGGUGACCCUCGUUUCCCCGAGAAGGCAGGCGUCGUCCUUCAGCCCCAGGAGAAGCCCCAGGGGCACCCCAGCCGCCCAGGAGAGUGGGCGCGCCCAAGAGCAGCCCCCAGAGCGCGCGCCUGCGCCGCCCAGAGACUGCUGCCGGGCGCCCGUGCCGCCCCUCUGCGAGGGCCAGCUCGACGUGCUGUGCCGCCGCGCGGCCCCGCGGCGGGGCCGGGCACCCACCGAUGGGAUGCUCGGGGGCGACUCCGACGCGGCUCUGUCGUUCCGGUCGCAGCUGGCUCAGUUCCAGCAGUACCUGCAGGAGACGGAGCUCCUGGAAGCAGGCGGCUCCGACGGGCCGCCCAACACCAGGCCAGGCCGGCGCGGGCAGGCGCCCGCCUCACUGCCGGGCCAGCUGGAGCAGGCGCUGGCGCAGCACACGGCGGCGCUGCAGAGGGCCGCGGCGGAGCACGAGGGCCAGCUGCAGCUGGCGGCCGAGCGGAUCGGGCAGGAGCUCGGGCGCGCGGUGGGCGCGGCGCUGCUGCGCGGCCAGAGCGCGGCGGCGUCCUCCGCGCGCAGCGCGCCGUCCACGGCUCGUGCCGGCAGGAGCGCGACGCCGCGGCCGCGGCGGGCGCAGGGCGCCGGGAGCGCCGGCCAGGCCGGGGGGGCGGCGGCCAGCGGCCCGUCGGGGUGCGAGCCCCUGGGCGAGCCCUCGCCGCCGUCGAGCGCCUCGCCGCGGUCGAGCCUGUCGGAGUGCGCCGCGGCGAGCUGGCCCGUCGGCGACGUGGACCCUGCCGGGAGUGCGUCGUGUGGGGUCGGCGGCGUGCGCAGGGCGGGCGGCCACGGCGAGAGCGACCUCGUGGACAGGAUCCCCACCAAGGAGUCGCGCGUGACCGCGGUCUCCAGCUGGUCGGAGAGAGGGCCCCAGAGCACGGGCGGGAGGCUGAUCAAGGGUGUCACGGUGUGGUUGGACGCGGAAGAGCCGCAUCACAGCGGCCUUGUAGCGGGGAUGAUUCAGAGCAGGGCAUUCGACAUCUUGUGCAAUCUGGUCAUUCUUUUGAACUGCAUAUUCGUUGUUUGGAUGGCGAAUCGCUCAGUGGGGAGUUCCCGAGACCGUGACGCAAUCACGGUGGUUGAAUUCGUGUUCACCACGUUUUAUAGUUUGGAGAUCGGUUUAAAGCUCUGGGUUCACCGAUUGUUCUUCUUCUCCAACGAGGACGCGGCAUUCAAUGUGUUGGACUUGAGUUUGGUGCUGAUAGCUGGGUUCGAGAUUGUGAUACUACCCCUCAUAAGAACAAGCUCGGGCGCAGUAGACUCUACGUUCUUGCGGAUCCUCCGCGUCUUUAAGGUUGUCAAAGUCCUCCGAAUGAUGCGCGCACUCCACGCGUUCAAGGACAUCCGCGUAAUGAUAGAUUGUUUGGUACACUCAGUCUGGCCUUUGCUUUGGGCGAGCGCACUGCUUGGAUUCCUGUCAUCCCUCUUCGCCAUCUACUUCGUGCAAAGUUUGGCUGUCGCCCUGGAGGAUGGCAAUCUGAGCCCCGCCCAAGAGAGGGAAUUGCUGGAGCACUUUGGACAGGUAGAGGUGGCGGUGUUCUCCCUGCUUGUGGCCACGACAGGAGGCAACGACUGGGCAUAUUAUUCUAUAAGGCUGGAGCCACUAGGAGGCUUUGCGUGCGUUGUGUAUGUCGUCUACAUAAUGUUCAUGUUCCUCGCGGUGAUGAAUAUCGUUACCAGUGUUUUUCUGGACAAAGCCAUGGAGAUCGCAAAACCAUGCUCGGAAAACGAGAGGCUGGACCAGUGCCACGCGGACCUGGAAGACGCACGCGAGCUCACCCGCUUGGUGUCCUCCAUGGACGAAGCCCACCAGGACCGCGUCACCUUCGGCCAGUUCGUGGGCUACAUGCGCGAGCCGGAGUUCCGGAAACACUUCGAUGCGCGGGGCCUGACCCGGAAGGACACGAGGAUGCUGUUCAAGAUGCUCGCCUCCUACGACUCCGGCCCGGCCCGCCAGCGCGGCGAGAGGACGGUCCACCUCUCCGCCUUCCUGGAGGGCUGCAUGCGGCUGAAGGGGGAGGCGUCCAGCAUGGACGUCUACGCCCUCGGCUGCGGGCUGCACCUCGUGCGCGCGGCCCAGGCCGACUUCGGCGCCUGGGCGGAGGGGCAGUUCGCGGAGCUGGGGGCCCGCCUGGACGGCGCGGCGGCCCCAGCCCGCGCGUCCGGCCACCGGCCUCCGGGUUGCUGA